AUCGCGUAAAUGUCAAUAUAAAUAAUAUAAUCAUCAUAUCGAAUAGUCACUUUUUGUUAUAUGAAUGCAACGAUAUGGUUAAUUUUCCUAUUGAACAUAUAUUAAAUUUAUUCAGGAAAAUUGCAUGGGCAUAUAUCUCGGAGGGAAAAAAAGGAACGAGUGUUCAAAUGUGAUUGAGACAAGGAGUUUGGCGUAAUUGCGAAAGUAGGUGACCUCUGACAGAAAUUGAAAUCAAUAAAGUGCAGUGGAGUUCGUGGUAUACACAGAACGAAAGUAGCUCUCCUCUGCAGCUUCGAGGUUAUGUCGCCCGAGUCGGAGGAGGCAGAGCGUCGAAUGUUCUAUUUUCGUUUCGACGAAAAGUGUUUAUUCUUGCCAGUCGUAGGCGCGCGUUACACAUUAUAAUGCAUCUAAAUGCGAGGAGAAGUCACGAAAGUGCCGUGAAAUAGUACAAACAUGGACAGAAGAAACUCUGAUGGAUCAUUCACAAGUGAAGAACUCGUUUUAUAUCAAAGGCAAUUAACGAAAUUAGAGAACAGAAACGUGAUAAAUGCCUUGUGCCAAAGACUAUUUAUUCUGUGCUUUAAUUCAGUAUGUGAGACGCAACUAUGGAACAAUUACGUGGAGAUAUCAACGGUUUUGGAGAAGGUUAAACAGUUGGAGGAAAUGAAGACGGAGUCGCCGAAACGGUCCCAGGGGAUUGGACGAUUCAUAAAUUGGCUCAAACAGAAUGGCGCGAACGUAUACGGAGCAAGCGUGGCUGAAUUUCCAGGAUACGACCUAGGCUUAAAAGCGGAACGUAAUUUUCUUGAGAACGAGUUGAUUUUAAGGAUACCUAGGGAACUAAUUUUCAGUAUUCAUAAUGCAGCUCCAGAGCUGGUCGCUCUUCAAAACGAUCCUCUACUACAACUUAUGCCGCAAGUAGCACUUGCGAUUGCCCUACUCAUUGAAAAACACAAAGAAUAUUCAAAAUGGAAACCUUAUUUGGAUAUUCUUCCUACGACCUAUACAACUGUGCUAUACAUGACUGCUGCAGAUAUGAAUGAACUUAAAGGCAGCCCUACAUUAGAGGCUGCUUUGAAACAAUGCAGAAAUAUUGCAAGACAGUAUGCCUACUUUAAUAAGUUAUUUCAAAAGAACAAUAACGCUGUAUCUGCUAUACUCAGGGAUGUUUUUACUUAUGAAAAAUACUGCUGGGCAGUUUCUACGGUAAUGACGAGGCAAAAUAUAAUUCCCAGCAAGGACGGUACACUCAUGAUCCACGCUUUGAUCCCAAUGUGGGACAUGUGCAAUCACGAGAGCAGCAAAAUCACCACGGAUUUCAAUGCGACGUUAAACUGCUGCGAAUGCUACGCUUUGAGAGAUUUCAAGAAAGCAGAGCAAAUAUUUAUUAGCUACGGGCCCAGAACGAAUUCCGAUUUCUUUGUACACUCGGGAUUUGUUUAUAUGGAUAACGAACAGGAUGGCUUCAAAUUACGACUUGGGAUCAGCAAAGCUGAUCCUCUCCAAAAGGAACGCGUAGAACUGUUAAAUAAGUUAGAUCUGCCAGCGGUUGGGGAAUUUCUAUUGAAACGAGGAACGGAACCGAUCUCGGAUACGCUGUUGGCGUUUCUUAGAGUAUUCAGUAUGCGCAAAGAGGAACUGGUGCAUUGGAUCCAGUCGGAUCGCGUUAACGAUUUGAAGCACAUGGACUGCGCACUGGAAACUGUUGUCGAGGAGAAUGUCAAAAAAUUUUUGCUUACUAGGCUGCAGCUGUUAAUUGCUAAUUACCCGACGACUCUGAAGGAAGAUCUGCAAUUGCUCGAGACCACGUUGCCGCGAAUUAAGAAGUUAGCCAUUCAGUUAAGGGUAACGGAGAAGAGAAUUCUUCAAGGCGCGCUCGAAUACGUGGAACAAUGGAUCAAAGCUUAAGAAUCUGAAUUUUAAUCAUCUAUCGAUGAAAUCAAAUUUUUAUUUUUAUUUAAAUAAGACUCUUACAAUGGAAUAUAAUUUAUAUGGAUCUGAUUUAACUGUAACUUGUUCCAAAAUGAUGGAUAAUUUAACACAUCAUUUGACGAAUGACCGAACGUCUAUAUAUAUAUAAUAACGUGCAAAACGAUGAAGGAUAGAUAGAAAAGGGAGCAAAUGGUGUAAAAUACAUUAAAGUAUAUAAAAAAUUGAACAAACUAUAUAUCUAUGUGUAUUAACAAGUAUACAGUGCAAAAUAAUUGCAUGUUCCACAAUAACGUAAGUCUUGCUUUCGAGAGAUGAGAGCUUCGUCGGUACAACAUCGUUUUUAAAAAUAAUAUCGAUGUUUCCUUAUCGAAAUAUAACUUUUCAUUUAUGUGCUGAUCGAACUCUGAUCUCUGAUCACAAGAAAUUACAAAUAUAAUACUCUUAUUUUAGCUUUGAUAAAGAAAGAAAGAGAGAGAAAGAAAGAAAAAAAAAGAAAGAAAGAAAAAUAACAUGUACAAACGAAAUGUUACUAUUCAUGGAUAUUUAUUUUUCAAAGGAGAUAGUUAAGAGAUCUAAUUCUUUAUGUAAGCUAUUGUGCGGUGUUACACAGGCCUACAAAAGUCAGACUUACAAAUGAUUAAUACACCGUAAGAUUUGUCGAUAAUUGUAUCGAAUUCUAAUAGUACGCAUAAAAGUAAGACAAACAGCGAGUUCCAGAUACUUUUCAGCCAUUAAAAGUUGUAUUGUAUCAUGUUUAUCCCCGAGAUUUUAUGCGAUUAUAUUUAAGAUACAAUUGAAGGCAGUACGCUUAUGUGAAUGGUAACUAUACAUACAU